GUUGAUUGGGCGUGUGGCCGUCCGAGUCACGUGUUUCCCAGCUGGACCAAGUGACUGCAGCAAACAUCUUCCUCUCUACAUCCUCUUACCCUUUACGUUUUUUCUCGCAACGCCGGUAAAACUAGCACCCAUCCCGCCGUAUAGAAAGAAAGAGAAAGCAGAAGCGUCGGCCGUGAUUGUGACAGUUGAUCUUGGUUGCCACAGUUACGGUGGGAGUACAUCGCAGUUUCAAGGGAAUCAGGGAAUCAAGGAUAAUAUCGAGGUGCGCCAGACGAUUGUUUUCGGUGACGGAAGCAGUGACAGCAGCCUGCCAGGGCCACCAGACCUGUAUUGAUGUCUCUUUCCGGCCAGGCCAGCUCUCCUCAUCACCGCCAUCGUCAGUCCAAGAUUACUGUCGAAUACCACCGUCCUUCAAGGGAAUCGAUACAAGAAUACAACGCUCUCCUUGCCGUUAGCAACCUACAGGCCUCGAGCAGCCCUUUCGUCCCUUCCAGAGCGCCGCCGCCUACCGCCGAACAAGGCGCAGCCAGCUCCCGAGCCAACACUGCUAAUUUAAACGACAUCUUUGCCGCGGAGCCGAUCCAGCCGCUCCUCGCCCGCCGCCUUUCUACGCCCGGCCCGCCUCCACCUCCCCGCGACGACUACUAUGCCGAGCCUGCCGAAAUAAUCUCCCCGCCGCCUCAGAGCGAAUUUGCUGCUGGCAGGGCACGCAGCGGCACUACCAGUAAACAGAAGAAGAGUGUUCUUGGCUUCAUUUUCAACACGCAGAAGCGACCUGAAAUUAGCACGCCCUACGACCCCGUCCAUCUUACCCACGUUGGCUUUAACUCAUCCACCGGAGAGUUCACUGGACUCCCCAAGGAAUGGCAGCAGCUCCUUCAGGAGAGCGGCAUCUCGCGCCUUGAGCAGGAAAAGAAUCCUCAGGCGGUCAUGGAGAUUGUCAAGUUCUAUCAAGAAGGUCACGGCGACGUCUGGGAUAAGAUGGGUGCAGCAGAGGCUGAAGAAUAUCAGGCCGCGUUACAAACAGCAGCAGCACCUAGCGCGUAUCGUCCUGCCCCUACACCUCCGACAACCGUAACGCCUACCCUUGACCGUUCCACGUCCCAAAGGGCGCCCAGCAACACGAACAAACAGUCCCCCUCGCCUUCCACAGUCCGCCGCUCCAAUACCACCCGCGAUAAGCGUUCCCCAGCCCCAGCUCCAAUCAAACAACAUCAACAUCAACAGCAGCCCACCCCGAAACCAUCACCCGGAUCCUCCCAGACAGAUCUCACGUUGAAACAACCAGGCCGGAGCCAGCAACAGCAACAACAACCAAGUCCCGCUGCCCAGAGUCUGGCGAAAGCCGCUGGCGUCGCUACUCCGCGUCGACGAGAGAAAAAGGUCGACAAGGCCAAGGAGGAGGACAUUGUCAAACGCUUGCAACAGAUCUGUACCGAUGCCGAUCCGACGAGGCUGUACCGGAACCUUGUCAAGAUUGGACAGGGGGCUAGCGGGGGCGUGUACACCGCGUAUCAGGUGGGCACAAAUAUGAGUGUCGCGAUCAAACAGAUGGAUUUGGAGAAACAGCCCAAGAAGGAUCUCAUCAUUAAUGAGAUCCUGGUCAUGCGGAGCUCCCGUCACCCCAAUAUUGUCAACUAUAUUGACUCCUUCUUGCACAAGAACGACCUCUGGGUUGUAAUGGAGUACAUGGAAGGGGGCUCGUUAACGGACGUGGUCACUGCCAAUUUAAUGACCGAGGGGCAAAUUGCCGCGGUGUCGCGGGAAACGGCCCAAGGCUUGGAGCAUCUUCAUCGCCAUGGUGUGAUCCAUCGGGAUAUCAAGUCGGACAACGUGUUGUUGAGCAUGGUCGGUGAUAUUAAGCUCACAGAUUUUGGAUUUUGCGCGCAGAUUAGUGAUCCUGCGAGCGCGAAACGCACGACCAUGGUGGGCACACCGUAUUGGAUGGCUCCCGAGGUUGUCACGAGGAAGGAAUACGGUCCCAAGGUGGAUAUAUGGAGUCUGGGAAUCAUGGCGAUUGAGAUGAUCGAGGGGGAGCCUCCGUAUCUUAAUCAGAACCCACUCAAGGCGCUCUACUUAAUCGCGACGAACGGGACGCCGACAAUUCAGAACCCAGAGAAUUUGAGUUCGACGUUUAGCGAUUACUUGGCGAAAACGUUGGAAGUUGACGCAGAGAAGAGGCCAAAUGCGACGCAGUUACUGCAGCAUCCAUUCUUCAAGCUUUCAGAACCUCUAAGGACGCUUGCACCAUUGAUCAAGGCUGCCCGCGAAAUGGCCAGUUCCAAGAAUAAAUGAAUGAUAUUAAGAUUCCACGUCUUCCUUUUGUUUAACUCAUCUUUUCCGAUUAUGCAUGGUCCUCGGCGCACCUAGACAAAAGCAUUUAUAUCCGUCAAUCUACUCGCCGUCCUAUGUGUACCGCCACGAAAGCUUGAAAUUGUAAUACCGUUUCUCUUUACAUUACAUUUCCUUUCAUCAUCCUGUCUCUCUUUCAGUAUUAUUAAAAGUCGCCAUUGGAUUUUUUUCAAGUUGUUAGUGUGCUAUUUGAUACAUAUAUUGACUGGACCCGUGCUCGUUUACAUUGCGAUGGAGAGAGAAAAAAUGAAAGCAGAAGCAAUGCAGAAGAAAUUAUUAUGUAGUGUAUCGUAAACCUAACCCUUAUAGCCAUGGCUGCCAACCUGGAAUGAUUUCGUUAGUUGCAAUGUUACGUGAAAAACUCUAGUAUUGAAAAAAAAAAAAGGAUCGAGCCCUUACCUGGAAACAUCUGACUGAGAU